AUGGGCAAGUCCACCGAGCACAACGUUACCCAGGAGGAGUUCUACAAGCUGGAGCAGGUGUUGAACCAGACCGUGGACGACGCGUCCAACUGCCUCAAGCUGCUCAAAAAGCACCUCUCCGACUACGACAGCCGCAAUGGCAACCACUUUGUCAACACGGCCUCGCACUUCAUGCGCGGCGACAUCCGCACCGCCAAGGACACGGCCAUGGACCUCAAGCACGUGGCGCACAAGAUCAAUAAAAGCCACAAGCCGUCCAAGGCGGAGGUGUCUUCGGCGCGCAACAUGAUGGACGCCACGUCCAAGGCCAUGGACACGCUGAAGAUCACGGCGCGCAACUACGACAAGGAGAACGGCCAGUCGAUGGGGGUCAAGGGCAGAAUCGACGCCGCAGUCGGUGGCCACCACGACCACGAUAAGGAGAAGCAUGAGCAGCAGCACGGGCUCCUCGGCAAGAGUCUCUUCGGGAGGAGUGAGAAGGACAAGGAGCAUGAGGGAGGCCUCUUCGGCAAGAGCGAUAAGGAGAAGGAGCAUGAGGGCGGAGGUCUCUUCGGCAAGAGUGACAAGGAGAAGGAGCACCGUGGAGGCAUGCUCGACAACCCCGACAACAACGGUGGAGGUAUCAUGGGCAGCUCCGACACCGUCGAGACGUUGGUGAAGAAGACUCUGCGCGACAACUUCAGUCUCAACGCGCUGGACCAGCAAAUCAAGGCUGCGGAGAAGUCCCUGUCGCCCUCCAUCGCGGAGCGUGCGAAGCCCUCCAUCGUGGACCGCGCGAAGGAAGCCAUGCACGACGUCAAGGACAAGCUCAAGGGAGACAAGUCCAGCUCGGCCCACCAUGAGAGCCACCCCCACGAAGGCCUCCACGACGAAGGCCACCACGCCCAGCACACGGCGAUGCCGUAA